AAUAAUUUUGAGAUAUUUUGCGGAAGGCUUUUGUGACGUCUUGAGAGAAACUUCACCUAAGAAUAGUGUAUAAUAAAGCUAUAAAUAAAGGGAAAGAGCGUCGAGAAUUUGUGUUUCCAAAGCAAUAUAAAGAGUAACGAGUGAAGUGAAUCUCUAUAAUAAAUAUAUAUAUAAAUUUAUAAAUUACAAUAUAUAUAUAUUUUAAAUAAUAUAAUAUCUGCAAUUGAACUGCUCAACAAAUGGCCAAGAUAGAAAAGGAAUCAACGGAAAAACAUGAGGGGGACAUCACCUGCUUGGCCUAUUACAACAAUCAAGUUUUUUCUGGUGGCGCCGAUGGCAAAAUAAAAAUUUGGGAUAAUGAUUUGAAUCUAAUUAAGAACGUGGACGCACAUGAAGCUUACAUUUAUGCCAUGGCAAUAAAUGAACGUAACGGUAAUCUUUACUCCAGUAGCUGUGAUGGAUGUGUGAAAUUUAUGUCCCCGCCAUACCAACAAACGGAGCAACUUUUCUGUUGUGAGGAUGCCAUACAGGCGAUGUACUGUGACGGCGAGACGCUAUAUACGGGCGAUGAAAAGGGCGUGGUUACAAAUUGGGUUGAUGAUAAAAUCAAAUUUAAAUAUAAUCUUGUUGAAGAGGUUAAAUCAUUGGCGGCAGAGAAAUCUUUGAUAUACACUGUAAGAGAUCUGGAUGUUGUCGUUUCGGAUAUGAUAGCUGGUAAAUCGGGCAAAUAUAGUAAUAAAGCUGUGCUGCCGGGUAAAUCUCCGUUGGCAUUGGUUGGUCCUGUAAUCGAUGAUAAGCGUACAUUCCUUGCGUUUGCCGAUCGCACGGGCAAGGGGCUGUCAUUUGUGAAAAAUUUGCCGCAACAGAAAUUCGAAAAUGUGUGGAAUUUACCGGAUUGCCACGAGUUGAUCAUUCAAGCGAUUUGCGGUGAUGAGAAAUGCCUUUAUAGUGGCGGCUAUGACAACAAAGUUAAAGGUUGGACGAAUUUCGAUCAGUCAUCACCGAAAGCACUCGGUGAAGUGGAAGUUGGCAGUUGUGUGAAUGCUCUUGUUUGUGGCACUAAUAACCAUGUAUAUAUUGGCACUUCGGAUGGCAUUGUGCGGAGGGCGACAUUUCUUUGAACCAGUAAGAGUAAUAUAGCUUUCGGCUGUGCUCGAGGAAUAAUAAGUAAAUACUGCCAAAUAAGUUAAAUUAAAGUGAUUUUAUAUGCAAUGGUAAAGUAU